AUGUCCUCCGACGCCACGCGCGGCACCGAGAUGGGCCCCGCCGGGUUCAUCCUCAGCGUCUCCCUUAUCACCGCGUGCAGGUACGUCAGGUUUUCGAGGUCGGAGUCCUCCACGAUCCGGUCUUUCCCUACUUUCUCGUCGAUCUCUUGCUUCAGCGCCGCCAUGGCUCGCCGGUUGUUCAGGAGGUUCGACAGCAUCCACGUCAGCGUCACCGAUGUCGUAUCCGCCGCCGCAAUAAUCACCGCCUAUAUAUAA